GUGAUUUUAUGAAAAAUAGGAUGGACCAAUCAUUCUCGAAGCGUAUUCGGCUCAACUCAUAUUUGUAUCGUACCCGUAACCGUAUAGUGGAGCAAGACCAGCUAGAAGAAAAUAAUACCAGUGAAAGAGAAAAUGAUAAUGCACAUACGCCAGAUGUUGGUGCUACAUCCUCACACGACAGUUUUCUUGUGGAACAUGAUUAUGUUGAAGAUGAUCAUGAAACUACUGCAUACGCUGAGGAAGAAGAGGCUGUAAUCGAUUAUCUCGAAAGCUCUGACGAGGAACAAGAAACAUCAAACGAACCAUUCUCCGUAAAAGAAGCUUUGCAAACGUGGGCGGUGUCUACAAAUCAAACUUAUGAUUCCAUCGAACAAGUCAUGGGUAUAAUCGGUAAAGUAAGUUCUUGCAAAUUGCCAAAAGAUGCUAGAACUUUGCUAAAAAUCAACCGCAAUCGCUCUUCGGAAAUUAUUACCGUGCAAGGUGGACAGUAUUGGUAUCGUGGGAUUCAAAAUUGCUUCACUAACGAGUUAAGCGAUGUAAACUUUGAAGCUGAUAAAACAAUUUUACUGAACGUGUCAAUAGACGGAUUGCCGAUUGCCAAAAGCAACAAUCUACAAUUUUGGCCUAUUCUAUUUAACAUUCAUGGAAUGCCGGAAAUACCAGUCAUGCCAAUUUCAAUCUAUUGUGGAGCAACAAAACCAGCCAGCAUAGAACAAUUUCUCCGACCUUUUGUAGAUGAGGUUAAUUUUCUCACAAAAAAUGGUGUGGUUGUAAAAAACAAGAAGUUUAACAUCAAAUUACGUGCUAUUAUCGCCGAUUCUCCUGCAAGAGCUUUUAUAAAAGGUGUUGCUUAUUUCAACUCGUUAGACGGCUGCUUUAAGUGCACUUCGAAAGGAAAACACAUCAAUGGAAGAAACGCAUACUCGGACACCGCUGGCCCAGAUAGAACACAUGAAGGUUUCAAAAACCGAGCUUACGGUGAUCAUCACAAACUAGAUUCACCUCUUUUGGAUUUAGAUGAGUUUGACAUCAUCAUACAAAUUAUUGUGGCAGAUUCUCUGCAUUUGAUAGAUUUAGGUAUAACAAAAAGAAUGCUGAUGGCCUGGAUGUUUGGUAUGUUUGGUGUAAGAAAAAAAUUAACACCUACACAAAUCAACUUUAUUACAGCUAAGUUACUUAACAUUAAACUUCCUGCUGAGAUCCAUAGAAAAUUUCGUCCACUUUUUGACAUCAAACAUUGGAAAGGAUCAGAAUUUGCUUCAUUUUUGUUUUAUGGUUCAUUUGUCGUUCUUAAGGACUCAAUUCCUGAAGAACAAUAUAAUCACUUCAUGCUGUUUUUUUGCAGCAUUACAUUGCUGUCUAAAGAACAAUCAUGCAAGACGGAGUAA